UAACAUUAUAUUAAAUGCAGUGAUCUUACAAAUAUCGUUCACCGUAACGUAACGAAUUCUCACUGAUCGGCUGUUAUUCUGUAAAACUCUAGCUACGUUCAGAAUUUCGAACCGACUGACAAACAACUUGUGUAUCGAAUAAAACUUAAACUUAUCGUAUUUAGUUCAAGUAAAAAUAUAAAUCCCUCAAUUUAUAUUUAUUAUUUAUAGAAAUUUCUCGAUUAUAAAUUCUCUGCAUCGCUUUAAAUUCUAUCGCCUACGUCCGUAGGUACCGAGUCGUAAUUACCGCUGUUACAAAUUUCUGCGAAGCUCGUCUCAAGAAACUUAACCUAGAAUCAAAUUUGUUCGAUCGACUGUUGUUCGAUCGUGUUCGGGCAAUUGUGAGGAUUGUUUUACAAAGUUUAAUCGAUCUCUUUUUUCCAUUGUAAGAUAUUGUCAACGGUGUAAUGGGAGAAAGUCACUGGAAGGAUUGGAGGCCUUUUGUUUACGGAGGAUUAGCUUCGAUUAUCGCAGAGUUAGGUACUUUUCCUUUAGACACAACGAAAACUCGUCUACAAAUUCAAGGCCAGAAAUUUGACAAAAGAUACGCUCAUUUAAAAUAUUCUGGCAUGACGGAUGCUCUUGUGCAGAUAUCGAAAGAAGAAGGAUUCAAAGCUUUGUAUUCUGGAAUUAGCUCGGCUAUUUUAAGACAAGCCACUUAUGGAACCAUAAAAUUUGGCACCUAUUAUUCGUUAAAGCAAACAGCCAUGGAGAAAUGGGAGACGGAUGACUUGGUUGUUAUAAGUAUUGUUUGCGGUGCUGUAGCAGGAGCCAUAUCGAGUGCGAUAGCCAAUCCCACGGAUGUAGUCAAAGUUCGUAUGCAAGUAACAGGUUUCGACUCAAAUUUGUCUUUGUAUGGUUGUUUUCGAGAUGUUUACCGACACGAGGGUAUACGCGGUUUGUGGAAGGGUGUAGGACCUACUGCGCAAAGGGCAGCAGUUAUCGCUGCUGUAGAAUUACCUAUAUAUGACUAUACUAAAAAUAAACUUAUAGCUCUUCUGGAAGACAGUGUCACUAAUCAUUUUCUGUCCAGCUUCAUAGCAAGUACGGGAAGUGCUGUAGCUUCUACCCCUAUAGACGUUGUCCGUACGCGGUUAAUGAAUCAGAGAAGAAUACGUAACACAGUCGGCACAUUGCCUCCUCAUAUUUACAGUGGAAGUAUAGACUGUUUCGUCCAGACGUUUAAAAAUGAAGGAUUCCUAGCAUUGUACAAAGGUUUCAUUCCUACUUGGUUCAGAAUGGGCCCAUGGAACAUCAUAUUUUUUAUAACAUACGAACAGCUGAAACAUCUGGACCAUUCUCGCUUCUCUCUAAGUAGAUAAGACAAAAGAAGUACGCGCGCGUAAGCGUGCGUAUGUGUUUGCGUGUGGUAGAUGUGAUUAAAUAUUGAAAAUAAUAGUGGAAAAUAAUUUAAGUCUGCGUUUGUAUGUUUUAUUUGUACGAGUGUUUUUUAGGAUAUUCGUAUUUGACUAUAUGAAAAUAACUACGAAAAAGGAAACCGAAUUAGUUUUCCCGAUGGUAACGACAAAAUCGCAUCAAUGAAACUAAAUGAAAAAUACAAACGUUUUCGUUAAAAAAAGAAAGCCACUAUAAUAUUCUUUUUAGUAUCUCAAAUGUUUAAUAGUACUAGUCAGCAUCCAAAUUUCUAGUAACAGUACUAGUAAAGGUGCAUUGUGUUUGCAUUUCAUAUUUCAAUUUCGCGUUGAACUAACUGUCGUUUAUAUUAAUCUUGUGUUGUUUAUUCUUAGAUCGAAUUUGAGCAUUAAAACUUAACAUGUAAGAAUGUGUACGAUCGCACGUUUUAUUGUAAUGUAUAUAUGGCUCUUACUGUGUACCAGUUUAUUGUAGAAUAAUAUUUAUGACCAAAUGCACGAUUUACAAAAAAAAAGCAGCAUAUUAAAUGGAACACAUUCGACAAAUUAUUUUAACAAAUCGUUAAGAAUACGUCGCAGUAUAAAAUAAAGCCUAGAAUCUUGUAAACUCGUACGACCAUAUAUAUUUAGAGACUAUCAACAAACAUUGUAACAAAUUAUCAAACGAGUGUUGCACGAUAAAAUGCAAUUAGUUUGCCUGUUAUAUUGUUCUUACGUUAAAAAUUCUCUGUAUACUGUUCUCACAAUCGACUUUAUAAACAAAUUUUUUCAUCCGCGAUGUUACAAGGAAAAUCAUAAUUUUUUGCAUUCCCACACAAUUAUUUUUCUAUCCUUACCACCAGUUAAAAUAACAUUAUUUUCUGCGGACACGGACAAUGCGUAAAUUGGCCCUAAAAAUAAUAUUUUAAUCGCUUAAAAAAAGAAACUAUUUUAAACGAGUUCUUGCAUGUACGAAAAAAUACAAAUAAAUGAAAUAUAUUUUACCAUCAUGACAGUGUAUUUGCGAAACGAAAACUGCAUCUGCACGGUGCCACACAUUAAUAUUUCCAUUGCUGUCUCCUAUCAAUAAAAAGAUUCUGAACCAUGACAAUGUUAAUGGUUCGUGUUCUAUAGUUGUACGAUAAAUCUGUGUACUUGUUAAAAUAUCGAUUAUAUUCAAUGCUUUGUCUUCUGCACACGAUAUAAUGCUUUUGCCUUCUGGAUCAAACGUCAUUGCAUUUAUUCUGCCAGAAUGUCCUGCAGAAAAAUAAAUUAUAUACUUAGAAAUGCAACGAUAAAAGUAGCAUUUUUUUUCUUUUUAAUGUUUACCUUUCACAGUAAGUUGCAGAUUAUAAGUGUCUAGAUUCCACAAAAAAAUUUCUCCAUCUUCCGUGCCAGAUAUUAAUAACGUCUCAUCCCUAUAAAAAUUCUGAUAGUUACAAUUCCGUAAAUUACUUGAGGCAUUUUAAAGGAAAACUUUACCUGGAUAUAUUGAUGCAAGUCACUUUGGAGUCAUGAUCUAAUUGAGCAAUAAGAUAAUCUGCUGGUUUAAUUUUCUUCCCGGAAACAUAAGUUCGCCAAACUUUCGCUGUACAGUCCCAUGAACUAGAUAUAAUAAUCUGACGAGAAGUACUUAUUGCUAAACAGGAAACAGCAUCUUCGUGACCUUGAAGUAUGUCUAUAACUCUGCCGAAUUCGACGUCAUAAAAUAUUCUAUAACAAAUAGUUUACGAAUGAGCGAGGAAACGGUAGUCACAGUGGUUCGUUUUUGUUUCACAUUUCGAAUACAUACAAUGAAUUAUCCCAGGAACCAACAACUAAUAUAUUGUCAUGGGAAGUCGUGCAGUACGAUAUGCAAGAAGAAAGUGGUAGCAUCGACAGAGCUACGCUACGUGUUAAUUUUUUCGUUUCAGUACUGAAAAAUUUCAAUGUUCCAUCUUGUCCCACAGACACCACUUCGUCCAUUUUUCCUGUAUUCAUCACUAACAAACAGCUUACGCUUUCUUUAUGCGAUUGAAAUGUCAUUAAUUCGGAUAAUUCAAAUACUUUUUCACCGACAUUUACAUUUUCUGGAAGAAAUUGUUAUUCUUCUUAAAAUAAUUAUUUCACUAUGGUGUGAGCCACGGUAAAAUGUGACAUACCCGAUCCACAUUUUAAUGACAGCAAAGCAGUUUCGCUGUACAAUGUCUCCAUGAAUGGAACAGAGCGUUUAGGGUGAGGUAACGUGAAUAUUUGUUUUGGUAUUUGUCCAAACUCCAUUAUUUGUACUUCUAUACCGUGUCUGUCGUUAGCAUCUCGAAUGGUAUCUAAAUCUAUAGCUCCCUCGUAGCAUAAAUGAAAAAAUACUGAAAUACAAUGUAUCAUAAAAUAUAUAUACUAUUUAUAUAUUAGUUUUGGAAAUAAACAUUGAGAUGUACCGUU